AUCGCACUGCCUGAAGGUACGAAGCAGGGUCACAAGGAUAACUGGGACUUCUUCGACUUUCCCAUUCCUGAGAAGGACAAACUAGACUUCCUGAAUGUGCCCGUGAUCGAAAUCAAACAGUUGGAUCGGGUAGGUUUUAGCUACUUUCUUUUCCAGUUUUUGGACUACGUGUGCGUAACUGCUCACAGCUGA